GGUCCUGCCCCUCUCUGGGUCUCCGCCCCCUGCCCUUCCCCCGCCCCUCCUUUGCAAUGCACUUGAACAAUGUAGCGUUGCAGAGGCUCAUUGUAGGCUCAGGUGUUGCCGUGGCCCUUGAUGAUGAAGGCGUAGCUUUGCGUAUCCGCCAAAAUUUCAUGUAUGUAUUAAAAUCAAGCUUAUGGGUGUAUGGCGGCUGCCGGUGGGCUGAACUGCCAAGUAUUGCAAUUUUUAACAACUACACCCUAUUUGUUUACUAUGUUGCCAUGGAGUAGCGAUAUCGUUGUUGUGUCAUUAUUAUCUUGCCAGCUUGCUAAUGCGUAGAUUUGUACGGUUUGAUGAUAGGAGAAGUAGUGAGGUAGAGGAAAUAAGGUGAGGUGUGCGGGAUGUGGCAGUGCGGCCGUGCGAGGUGGUCGGGAGUGACUCGACGUCCAGAAUCUUACCGACAGCUGAGGCAAGCGCAUCCCCGCCGCACCGCACCACGCCUCAGUUUUAACCCAUUAGCGACCCGCACAGGCGACGUAGCGUGGUGAUUUGAGUUUCCAUGAGAGAAGAAGGCCUGUGUAGUGUGUGAGACUUGCGAACCGCAGAAUAUCCUCGCUGUUGAGUCGAGUGCUUACAAAAUCCUACUGACUGGAUUGCACGGACCUCCCCCCGUCGGUCCGUGUUAGUGGCGACAGAAGGCACCUCCUCCCGCUGGCCGUGACGUGUGACCCCAUCCCCUCCAGGCCUUUGGUGAUGGGCGUGAGGGCGUGGGCGCGCGGGGGGGCGUGGGCGUGAUGGUGGGGCGCCCGUAAUGCGCGAGUCACCCCUGGAGGGAGCCACCGCCCCCCGGAACAAGCAGGCGCCCUCGAGCCUCAGCGGGGCGACUGCUGGCUCCGCGGGUGCCUCCACCCACCCACACCCACACCAGCCUCCCGCCCACCACCACCACCACCGCCCGCACCACCACCACAACAAUCACAAUCAUCAACAACCCAACAAGCAUCAUCAUCACCACCACUAUCACCACCACCACGCCAACAAACAUCACCAGCAACAGUCGCAGCCUCAGCAAAACUACAACUCGAAGGCUCCCAGCGGCGCGUACCAGCAGAAGAAGGGUCUCCCUUACCACCAACAAGGCAAGCACCAGACCCAGCACCACCAUCAGCAGCCCCCGCCCCAGCAGAGCAGCAAGCAGCAGUCCCACCAGCAGCAGAAGCAGCAGCACCAGCCACCCACACCGCCCAAGCCAUCUCAUUACCAGCGGCAGCAGGGCUCCCCUUCCCCCGCGACUCCUCCCCAGCAACACAGGGCCCCAGGUGGCCAGUCAGGGCAGCAGCAGCAACAACAGCAGCAGCAACAGCAGCAGCAGCAGCAGCAGCAGCAGCAGCAGCAGCAACAGCCGCCGCAGCAGCCGCCGCAGCAGCCGCCGCAGCAGCAGUCCCAACAGCCACCACCCCAACAGCAGCAGCCACAACAACAGCAGGCGCCACAACAACAACCACAGCAGCAGCCGCAGUCCAAGCAGAAGCAGCAGUCCCCUGCACCGUCGCAGCAGGGCCCCGGCACGGGUGGACCGCGACAGCAAGCACCCAACUUCGAAUAUGACGACCAGGAGUGGGACGUGGGCGUGGGCGACCUGAUCAUUGACCUGGACGCCGACAUCGCCCAGGCCGACCGCGGGAGGAUGAGCUCCGCCGCCCCGCCCCCGCAGCACCACCACCAUCAUCACCAUCAUCACCACCACCACCACCACGCCAACGCCUCAUCAUCCUCAUCGGCCAGCGGCGCCAGUGGCGGCAGCGGCACCCCGACCUCCAGCGGGCCCCAGCAGCAGCAGACGCAACAGUCGCAGCAGCAGACACCGGAGGACAAACACAGCCUCAAGAUGAAGAUAAAGAGGACGAAGCCGACGACCAAGAAUAGUGAAGGCAAGCACGAGAUUGUCAAGACAGACAUGGGUCCGGGGCCUCCCCAUCCCACGCCUCCCACCUCGUUGCAGCAGCACCACCACCAGCAGCUGCACCAGCACCCUCCCAUGUCUCAGCAACAGCCUCAGCAACAGCAGCACGCGCCGCCACCACCUCAGGCCCAGUCUCAGGGCCAGCAGCCCAGCAGCCAGCAGGCCCAGCAGAACAGCACCGGGGCGGCCAGCACCCCGCCCAGUCUCCACCACAACGGUGCCCACAUCAAGCUGGAGCCUGGCACUGGCGGCGGCGGCAACAGCAGUAGCGGUGGCAACAGUACUGGCGGCAGCAAUAACAGCAGCAACAACAGUAGCAGUCUGAACAGUAGCAAUAGCAACAGCAGCAGUAGUGCUGAGAUGAACGGUCGGGCCGCUCCUCGCUCGCAGCCACAUGUUAGAGCUGCCCACAAGAAGGACAAGCGACGCCACGACCUAAACGGCACGGCGUCGCCGCCGCCCGCGCAACCCCAGGCUGUGGCGUCGUCCCCGAGGCCUCUGGGCACCUGUCCCGUGACGCCCACCAUGCCUCCUGCCGCCGCCGCUGCUGCUGUCGCUGCCGCUGCGACACCCACCACACCAACCCCGGCACCCGCGGCGGUGGUGGUGACGGCGGCGACAGGUGUGGGUCCAGGUGCGUCACCCCCUCUGGCUGCAGUGAAGCUUGAGCCCCGCGCAUCCAGCUCCUCUCCCAGCAGGGCCGCCACGCCGCUGUCACACUUCCCAGUCAAGAGUGACACUCCGCCCCCUGCAAAGCGACCCAAGCCGGGUGAGGAGAGUGUGGCAUCUCAGCGCGACGUGUGUGUAGGAACCAGCGUUGCCACCCUCACUGACCCAGAUUGCCUGGGCCCCUGUGAGCCUGGCACCUCUGUCAUGUUGGAGGGCAUCGUCUGGCAUGAGACUGAAGGAGGAGUUUUGGUUGUCAAUGUGACCUGGCGUGGUAAGACCUAUGUGGGUACUCUGCUGGACUGCACGCGGCACGACUGGGCACCGCCAAGGUUCUGUGACUCGCCCACCAGUGAUAUAGAGUCUCGCACACCCAAGGGUCGGGGUAAGCGGGGACGUGCUGCUACCACCACUACUACCACCACAACCACUACCACCACUACACCUACCACUGAUCUCACUGUUACAGAGACUCGAAGUGGAAAAUUGCGCAAUGCCAAUGUUAAAGGGCGGAGAGGAAAUGUGACCCCAACAUUCAACCCUCCUCCUAGUCCGGUUAAAUCUGAGCCUGGUGGGACCAAGCGCAAGGGUAGAGAAAAUGAAACGCCUGAGGCUAAAAAUUGGAAACGAUCGCGUGCAUCGUCACGUGGAACUCCCACCAAUGGCUCCAACAGCCCUGGCCCUGAGCAGCCUGCCUCCCCUCAGCUGAUCGAGUGCCCCGAGCCCAAUUGCAACAAGAAGUACAAACACAUUAACGGGUUAAAGUACCACCAGAGCCACGCCCACAAUAAUGCUGCCAAUGACGAUGAGACAACCAGCACUGAGGGGCGGGCUGAGAGUGAGGUGGAGGAGAGUCAGCCCUCCUCACCGGCUCCUGUUGUGGAAACUCCCGUGGAUAAGAGUGCCCAGGACGUGGUGAAGCCUUCAGUGCUGCGCUACACUGGGCCACCUGCCUCAUCGCCCAGCCCUGGCCCCAGUGAGGAUGCACCUAAGGGAACCAAUGCAAUGUCUGCUAGUCAGCCCAGUGUGAUACAGACACGGGUGCCUCAACCCAACCAAGCUGUCUACGUGUACACUGGCUCGGGCAAUGUGGUGAGCCCACAGCAUCCACCACUGGGCUCUCCAGGGGUUGGUGUUUCCACCCCAGGAGUGGGUGCUUCCCCUUCAGUGGUUGGUGUUUCCCCAUCAGGUGUGGGUGUGACUCCGGUCUCAGGUAGCAUCCCACAGGUCAGACCCAGUGGCUUGGUCAGAUCUGAGGUUAGAACUGAGAUGAUGGUACGAGGCAGCACUGGUCCCAGGCCAGCCAUGCCUCCUGUGGGAGCCCAGGUGACCCCUGUCUCCACUAACCUGACUCCACUACCACCCCAGGGCACACCUCUCUCCAGUCUACCAGGCAACUCUCCAGGCUUGAUCUCAGUCAAGCAGUCACUUUUAGAAUCCGAUAAAAACAAGCCCAAGGAGUUGAUAAAUGGCUUGGUGAACAAAGACGUGCGGGAGGAGGACCAUCAGCCAGGCCGGGAAGACGCCCGUAGUCCUGCGUACUCUGACAUUUCGGACGCCAAUGACACUGCGCCAGUGAUGGAUGGUGACAACGAUAACAAAGAUUUGCAAGAUGAUAAUAAGAAACCUGAAUUAUCUCUUGGUGCACAGCCCUACUCACACUAUGGGAUGUACUAUCCCUAUGGACAGCCCCCUCCACCAUUUCUUAUGCCUCCCAUACAGCCUCCACCUGGACCUCCUAUUCCUGCGAGUAAAGAUGGAGAUGGUAAAGACUUGAAAGAUAAGCCUGGUGAAAGUGAUAAAAGAGACAGUGUACCUCCACCGGGAAGUAAUGAGUUGCUUAGUAAAAUUCCGUACUUUUAUCCAUCUUAUUAUAUAAACCCUGGUUAUUCAGACCAUCUUUUACGAGAUGCACCAAUUUACAAAGAUGUAGAGGGUAAGGACUUGUUAGCAGUGAGGGAGGGAGACAAAGGUCCAACUGACCUCUCCAAAACUGGGCCGGGCGGCAUGCUUGUCACUCCCACUAUACCCAAAGAUAAGUUAGGUACGAUGAAAGACAAACCAGUAGAGAAUCACACCAUUCUUAAAGAAGCACAUGAAAUCAAGGGCCACUUAGACAAACGGCCUCCCUUUGAUGAGCCUCCUCUAGCCUAUCGGUACCCCUUUGAGCAGCGUGUGCCACUACCUGUACUAUCACAAGACAAACCUGGGGAGAAGGGUCUGGGAGGAGGACCCAAACCCUCACCCCCAGCACCCAUGUCUAGUCCCAGGGUUGUGUCUACUCCCCCAGCGAGCUCAGCCCUUGGAAAAGAUGACCGGGGGGAGAAGAAGGUUGAAUCUAAGAAUGAAGGAGUGAAACCGACCAUGGAAACUACAGGACCACCACCUCCUCCAAAUUCCACUGCCUAUUACCCUUCCUUCCCCUACAGUUCCCUUCCAUAUGAUCCUUACAGGCCCGCCAUAGUCCCUUCGAUGACCCUACCCGCUGGCUACCCUCCCCCUCACUACCUUCCUUCAGCUAUGGUGCCUAGAUACCCUCUCAAUUCCCCCGUCAGCAAUGCACCAGAGGAUCUCUCCCGGGGUGGAUCGAGUGGCUCCAUGAUCCACUCCCACCUCUAUUCCAACCACAAAAUACAUGAGCUACACGAGAGAGCGAGGAAGUCUCCCUUGUCUUCUGGCGCCUUGGGGAUGACGCCACCAGGCCUCCUCAGCACCCCACAGAAAGUAGCGUCUCCCAUGAAUAGCGGCAAAGAGGGAUCACCGUUGGGGCCAGUCGUAACCUCUGCUUCAGUAUCUGUGCCCUCGUCAUCCUCGUCCUUAACACAUGGAGAGAGGGGACCUGUGGGAGGAGGGGUAGAGGGAAGGUCACCCCCAACAGCUCGCCCCCCCACACACCACCUGCAUGAAGGCUUCUCUCCCUACUCUCUGCUCCCCCCACAGUACCACUAUGCAGCGCUGGGGGCGAGCCAGACAGCAGCAACAGCUCCACCGGCCAAGUGAGGUGCUGGAACAGUAACAACAAUGGAUGACGUGACCACUGGCGUUUCUGUUCUGGGAGGAAAAUAGAAUGUGUGACCUGUUUAUUCCCAGUGAAACCUGUGGAUGUGGCUGGAUCAGGCAGGAUGACAGAAUGACACACUGACACAAGUCUUGGUGUGUUGUGAGGAGCUUGCUGUCACCUAGAAUGUCCAGAUUUCCCAAAGCAUUCCAUUGGAUUGGAAUAUCAAAAGAUGUUGGGUUGGGAAGGUAUUGUGGUACUAUCCAUGGGAAGCAAAAGGAAAGCUUUUGGAAGUACAAAGACAAAGUGAUGGUGUGUGAAGGGAAAGUGUUGAUGGAAUUCUGAUAAUCAGGACUAUUAUUGGCAUUGAUUUUGUCAGAAUGUUUAUUGGAAGAUAUUUUGUUUGUGAAGUCUUAUUUUGCAUUCACAAAAUUUUGGGUUAGUUUGUGCAUCAAAGCUCAACCAAAUAAUUAGGCAUGAAAAAAAUAAUUCUUUAUUGACUUUGAAUUUUCUAAUGCUGUGGAAUUAAGGAAGAGUGAAGAGUGCAGUGACUGGAAGAAAAGUGCUUAUAUGAGACAUGAAAUUCCAGAAGUGAAUCUGAAAAUUAGCAGGAGCCAUAAGGUGGUGUGGUUAUGCCUCAUGUGAUAAUAAACAUAGAGAGGAGCAUGAAACUUGGCACUGUUGAACUGGCAAUGUGCUUGUGAUUUCAUGAAAAUGUGUUGAUUACCUUAUUUUUAUAGAUGAUUGGUAAAAUAAAAUUGGUGUCUUUCAUUACGGAAGUAAUUGGACUUCAUUGGAGUGUGGCGACUGGUGGGUUAACUACGUAUGUGUUUUAUGCUGAAGUAAUCACACCAGUAGUUACUGUGAGAAAUAUAAGUGAUGUGCUGUUAUGCUCAGGAAGGUUAGGGGAGGCAGUGGUGGCAUGCUUGUCACGCACCACUGCCUCACUGAAGGACAAUAACGACAAAAGAUAAAAAAAAAAAAAAAAAAAAAAAAAAAAAAUAUGAAUAAAAUGUGGAUACCUGAAAGUGUCAUCUCUGAUAUUCCUAAAAAGAGGAAUAGUGUAUGUAGUAAGUUGGUAUAUGAUGCCUUGUACUUGUAGCAUGAUCCCAGAUAUCAUGUGUUCAACAUCUCUACAAGCAUACAUACAGGAGGCCUCCAUACUCCUGGUAGUGAUUACUGUAGCGUUUGGAAGACCAUAUCCUGUCAGUGCUAGAACAGAGGACGAGAUGGAAGUAAAGGAGUACUGUGGUGAAGCUAAGUAUCCUAGAGCAGUGAUGGUGAGUUAUGUGGUGUAUGUGUGUGUGUGUAUGUGUGUGUAUGUAAUGAAAUGGAGACUGAAUGUGAGCAUCUUCAUUACCAUCAUCACCAUUGUCAUAUGUAUAUGUGUUCAUGAUAUGACUGCAGUGGUAUGAAGUCCAUAUUACUAUACUUUUGUUGUCCUGACCAGUCUGUGAUAGGUCAGCAAACUCAGGUGUGUAUGAGUGGCUGUUCACUCACCUGGACACUUGUUUGGAAGUCACAGGUGGACACACAAACCUCCUCUUUUGUCUGUGGCUGAACUGCUGAACUGUAUAGGAAACAGAAAGUGCCGACUGAAUGUUCAGAAAUCACAAAUGUGGUAAUGUUACAACAGAUGAAGGAGAUGGUUUAGGAAAUGGUUACAGUUACAACAUUGUCAUUCCAGUUACAGUUAUCAUUCCAAGAGUUUUGUAUUCUCCCCCUCCCUCAGUCCUUCAUAUGUUAACACUCUCCAAACAUAUUAAACUGUUAUGUAAAAUAUCCUAACCUCUGGAUUAGGCCUCCCAUUUUUGAAAACCUGAUUUUUGUAGUAAGGCAAGACAAUAUGUGUGAUUUAGCUUGUUUUCUACUGCAAAAAAAAUCUAGUCAAUACUACAUCAGUUGAUUUGUCUCAUAGUAAUGUACUGUAUUUAACAUCACUCAUUUGUCUACAAUAAGGAAAAAUUUAAGCAUCACAAGAGCCACCCGUCCUCAGGGUUUGUGCAAAGAGGCUUACUUGACAGACAUUCACACUCACUGAAGGAGAUGGUGUGAGUGACUCAGAUGCCGGGAUUCACACAACUUGUCUUUGCCUCACACUCAAGGCCUUCCUACAACAGCCAGUCUUGAGGUUCGUUAUGAAUUGGAAUUCUUUAUUCUCUUAUAUAAGUUAAUCCAAGAAAUUUAUAGUCAUAUUUUCAUAAAAGUCAUUAGCAAAUUAAAAGUUCUAAAGUUCUUAAGGUCUGAGUAGAAUGUGGGCAUGAUCUAGAUUCAAUCUGAAGUGGAGGUAUAAAAAAAUUGAAGGAUGCUUGUUUUUAAGUAUGCUUAUUUUAGCCUGGAGAGUUCAAUCUUAUUUAUAGCUAUUUUAUGAAAGAAGUGUUUAUCCAGGGUUCAGAACUAUUUUGUAUGAUGGGUAUUUUUAAAUAGAAGUCUUAAAUAUUCAAGUUAGAGCCGUCAGUGUUGUGUUGAUACCAAGGAGACUUCAGUGUUGGAUAUGUUGAGUCUGGCUGUGUGAGCCAAUUUUUUAAAAAAUUAUUUCAAAAUAUAAGAAAAUUUAAAAGUGGUUUAUAUUUUCACCCAAUUAUAUUCAAAAUGUGGU